AUGGGGUAUUUGUGCGUGACUGUCGGCAACGUGUUUGUCGGUGCAAACGUCGUCCAGCGUGCGCAGCUUGGCGAGAACUACCUUGAGAACAUUGAGGUGGUCGCGGUGAGAGGAUCUAAGAACAUCGGGCUGGUCGCUCGAAUCCUGCAUGAUCAUGGCGCCACCGUGCGGGAAUUUGAUCAUCAGAUACACUCCGAUUCUGCAAUCGCAUCGAGUAUAAGCCUUGCUGACAUAUUUUUGGAUGGUGUCCAAAAGGGUGGAAAAUUGGAAGAAGCCGCAUCAAACAACCAUCGAUUGAUCGUCGCGCAGUGUGAUUGUGAUGAUCCAUUCUCUGCAAUGAGCGCAGUUGCCCGAAUUUCAAUGGCAUUGGCGAAAAGGGAAAUAUCAAAUCAUGGACAGAGGCUGAUUGCAUCGGAUGAGCUGAACUAUUGGAAGAAGCUGAAUCGAUAUGAAAGAAAUUCGAAAUGA